AUGGCAGAGUAUUCGGCAAUAACCCGUUUAUCUCGUCAAAUAGGUGUCUCUUUUAGAGGUGAUAGAAAUGCAAGAUUCACUACCAAUGAUGAAAAACGAAUAAUAACAAUUAAUACUGGACCACAAUCUGCUAAAUUUACAUCAAAUAAUAUCAGCACAAGCAAAUAUUCUCUAUUAACAUUUUUGCCUAAAUUUCUCUUUGAACAAUUUCGAAAAUAUUCAAACAUCUUUUUUCUUUGUAUUGUUAUAUUUCAACAAAUUCCAGGCGUAUCCCCAACAGGUAGAUAUACAACAGCAGUUCCACUAUCAUUUAUUCUUUGUUGUGCUGCGCUUAAAGAAAUCAUUGAGGAUGUGAAACGUCAUAUACAAGACGAUGCAGUCAAUCGUAGAAAAGUCCUAAUUUACCGAGAAGGAAGUUUGUUGUUAACAGCUUGGAAAAAAGUUAAAGUCGGCGAUAUUGUCAAAGUUAAUGAUAAAGAAUACUUUCCAGCUGAUCUUGUUUUAAUUUCUUCUGGUGAACCGAACUCUAUAUGUUAUAUUCAAACAUCGAAUUUAGAUGGUGAAACAAAUCUUAAAGUUCGACAGGGUUUACCACAAACUGCUCAUAUAAAAUCCAGGAUAGAAUUAAAAAAUUUACAAGGAACAAUUGAGUGUGAAUUACCAAAUAGAAAUUUAUAUGAAUUUGCUGGAACAUUACAAAUUAAUAGUGCUGCUUAUCCUAUUCCAUUAGGUGCUGAUCAAGUACUUUUACGCGGCUCGCGAUUACAAAAUACCACAUGGAUCUAUGGAGUUGUUAUCUAUAGUGGGCAUGAUACGAAGUUAAUGUUGAAUUCAUCAUCUGUUCCACUUAAAAGAACCAAUGUUGAACAAGUGACAAAUAAACAGAUUUUGCUUCUACUUCUUUUAUUGAUUAUCCUAUGCGUAUUCAGUACGAUUGCUGGAGAAAUUUGGAGUGACAAAAAUAAAGAAAAGCAUUGGUAUCUUGGUUUAAAUCUUAUUGAAGAUGGAAAAAGAUGGCAGAGUAUUGGUUAUACAUUUUUAACAUUUUUUAUUUUAUUUAAUAAUUUGAUUCCAAUUUCAUUACAAAUAACAGUUGAUUUAGUCAAAUUUAUCCAAGCUUAUUUUAUUAAUUGGGAUAGAGAUAUGUACGAUCCAGAGACAGAUACACCAGCUAAUGCAAGAACAUCUAAUCUAAAUGAAGAACUUGGUCAAGUUAAAUAUAUUUUUUCGGAUAAAACUGGUACAUUAACAAAAAAUGAAAUGAUUUUCAAGCAAUGCUCUAUUGGUGGUAUUAUGUAUGGAUCAGGAAAUAUAUCUGAAUUUAAUGGUUAUGAAUUACUUAAAAAUUUACACGAACAUAGUACAUGCAAUGAAAUUCGUGAAUUUCUAACUUUACUUGCCACUUGUCAUACAGUUGUACCAGAAAAUAAAGUGUAUACUGAGUUACCAACUGAAGUAGCCUAUCAAGCAUCGUCACCAGAUGAAUAUGCACUAGUUACAGCAAUGAAGCAACUCGAUGUUGUAUUUUUCAGUCGUACACCAGAUACUGUCACUAUUAAUUUUUUUGGUGAAAAAGAAGAAUAUCAAAUUUUAAAUGUUUUGGAAUUCACCAGUGAUCGUAAACGAAUGAGUGUGAUUAUUCGAACACCUCGAAAUGAAAUUAAAUUGUAUUGUAAAGGCGCUGACAAUGUUAUUAUGGAACGCCUUGUGCCAAAUGAUCAAAAUAUGCAAUUAACUUCCAAUCAUUUAGAAAGCUUUGCUAACGAUGGUCUUCGAACAUUAUGUCUUGGUUAUCGAAUUUUAUCUGAUGAAGAAUACAAUGAAUGGUUGGUAAAAUAUCGAGAAGCAUCAACAGCAAUCAAUAAUCGAAAUGAAUUAGUUGCUCAAAUAGCAGAAAAAAUCGAACGAGAUUUAAUUCUAUUAGGUGCAACUGGAAUUGAAGAUAAAUUACAAGAUCAAGUUCCUCAAAGUCUAAUUAUGCUACAGAGAGCUGGCAUUAAAAUAUGGGUAUUAACAGGAGACAAAAAGGAGACUGCAGUGAAUAUUGGCUAUUCAUGUAAAAUUUUAUCCGAUCAAAUGUUAAACUUGACAUUAGACGAAAAAAAUCGUGAUGAUACACAAAGACAAUUACGUCAACAUUGUCAAAAUUUUGGUGAUUCAUUAUGUAAAGAGAAUCUUGCUUCAUUAGUUAUCGACGGACAUACACUUAAAUAUGCGUUGCAUGCUUCAUGUCGUCAAGAUUUUCUCGAUUUAGCUAUGUCUUGCAAGACUGUCAUUUGUUGUCGAGUUAGUCCAAAACAGAAAGCAGAAGUUGUUGAACUUGUUAAAAAAUCAACUGAUGCAAUUACAUUAGCUAUUGGCGAUGGUGCUAACGAUGUCGGUAUGAUACAGAUGGCACAUGUAGGUGUUGGAAUAAUGGGUCAUGAAGGUGUUCAAGCAGCAUGUGCAUCCGAUUAUACUAUAGGUCAAUUUCGAUUUUUAACUAAACUGUUAUUUGUUCAUGGUGUAUGGAGUUAUCGUCGUUUGUGCAAAGUACUAUUGUAUUCAUUUUAUAAAAAUAUUUGCCUAUAUGUUAUGGAGCUUUGGUUUGCAUUGCAUAGUGGAUUUUCUGGUCAAAUUCUAUUUGAAAGAUGGACGAUUGCUAUCUAUAAUGUAUUAUUUACUGCAGCACCGCCACUAGCACUUGGACUAUUAGAUCGUUGUUGUAGCGCACAGACCAUGAUGGAUUCUCCAGCUAUUUAUAGAAUGUCACAAAAUCGAUCAGAUUUCAAUAUUAAAAUUUUCUGGACUUGGUGUCUCAAUGCUGUUUAUCACUCAGUUAUUUUGUACUUUAUGUCAUAUGCUAUGCUUCGACAUGACGUUGCAUUUCGCAACGGACAAGUGGGUACUUCUCUACUACUCGGCAAUAUGAUCUAUACAUAUGUCGUCAUUGUCGUUUGUCUUAAAGCUGGACUCGAAAGUGAUUCAUGGACAUUGCUAAUGCAUAUUGCUAUUUGGGGAAGUAUAGCUUCAUGGUUUAUAUUUUUUUCUAUAUACAGUUAUGUUUGGCCAACAUUUCCAGUUGCUGCAGAAAUGCGUGGUAUGGCUCAAUAUGUUUUUUCAAGUUCAUACUUUUGGUUUGGUUUAAUAUUAAUUCCAAUAACAACAUUACUAGCUGAUUUUGUUUAUAAUUGUAUUCAACGAACUUAUUUCAAAACAUUAAUGCAAGACGUACAAGAAAAAGAAAUUGCUCAUCACGAUCCAUCCGCCUUAGUGACGGGAAGACAACCAUCGUCUGUAUCACGUGUUUCUGAACGAUUAGCUAUAUUGAAAAACGUUUUUGUUCGAACAAGAACAUCAAGAACAGUUGGAGUGGAUGAUAGACGUUAUCAUGGAUUUGCUUUUUCACAAGAAGAGAAUGGUGUUGUUCCACAAGAUCAAUUAAUACGAAAUUAUGAUACGAAUAUAGCUAAACCUCCAGGUUUAUAA